AUGGCGGGCCGCGGCAACACCGCCGCCCUCUCCCUCUCGCACCCCCACUCCUCCGACGAGGACGAGGACGACGCCUCCGGCCACCGCCUCACUCCUCUCGCCCUCCCUCCACCCGCCGCCGCAGCCGCAGCCGCCGCCACCCCCGAGAAGGCUGCCAUCACCCACGAGCUCGGAUCAUCGACCGCCACCAAGAAGAAGCCGCGAGGAAGGCCACCCGGGUCCAAGAACAAGCCCAAACCACCCGUCGUCGUCGUCGCCGCCCAAGGCUCCUCCGGCUGCUCCUCCUCCUCCUCCUCCGCCAUGAGACCCGUCGUCCUCGAGAUCUCCGCCGGCUCCGACGUCGUCGGCGCCCUCACGUCCUUCGCGCUCAGGCGGCGCAUGGGCCUCGCCGUCCUCAGCGGAUCCGGCUCCGUCUCGGAAGUCACGCUCCGCCACCCCCUGCCCCACGCGCCGCCGCUGUCCCUCCGCGGGCCCUUCAACCUCCUCUCCCUGAGCGGGUCUGUCCUGGGCGGUUGCAUUAACGACUGGAACGACAAUAACGAGUCCAAGAAUGACAGACCCGCGAAACAGCUGUGUCGUCAGGAGGGCUGGAGCCAUUUUGGGAUAACUCUCGCGGGGGCUCAAGGGCAGGUGUUCGGAGGGGUGGUGGGAGGGAAGGUGGUGGCAGCGACGCCCGUGGUGGUCGCGGCGGCGACGUUCGUGAGCCCCAGCUUCCACAGGUUUCCAUCUGAAGGUGGCGAUCAUCAGGAGACCAAGCCUUGUAUUGGCGGCGGCCGCGGCGGCGGCGGGGGAAGCGACCCUCCUUCUUGCCCUAGUUCCGCCGCCGCGGCCGGCGGCUUCUACUGCGGAGGAGGGGGUUUGAGUGGUCAGGCGACGUCUCCCGAGUUAAUGCCUUGGGGUGGUGCAGCGAAUGCUGCCUCUCGUCCUCCUUAUUGAGCGAAAGAGAAACAUAGUGCAAAAUUUCAAAGCUCAAUUUGGAAGAAAACGUUACUUGUAAACUAUGAUUUGUUCUUUGUUUUUUAGUUUGGGGAUUUUUGUAGUGUAUUGAACGACUAGAACUGUAGAAGCAGUUUUCUUUCGA